AUGGAAGGCAUUGUCGCUCAGGUCAAGUCAUUGGCCCAAGGAGUUGAUGGGGCGACCCACAACUCUAUUCUCCAGAGCCUCCGUGAGCUUUAUCUUUCGCUUGAAACUCGCCAAGAUACGAUGCAAAGAAUAUCUUAUGCGCACCUAGAGCCGAUCCUGGUUAAAAUUGGACUAGACUUGAAUCUUUUCAACAUCCUCGCUGAAAGCGAAACACCCUUAACUAUUGGCCAGCUUUGUGAUCGAACUUCCGCUGCGUCGGAUUUACUAGUUGGGGCUGUCAAAGAGACCGGCGAAGACACCUUUAUGGCCAAUAAUAUCACCAAACACCUAAGUGAUAGCUUAGCUCCAGCACUACUUGCAUUGCCCGAGUUCUUAGCCCAAACUAAGUACCAAGAUAUUACGUCUCCGGUCAACACUCCACUUCAAAAAGCCUUCAAUACCGAUUUGCCGGGCUUUCUCUGGGCGCAAACACAGCCAGAUGUUUUCCGGUAUUUCAAUCAGUUCAUGAUGGCACAACAUGCAGAUAUGCCGCAUUGGCUCGAUUCUUAUCCAAUUGAGCAGAGGUCUCAAGGCCUGGAACCAGAGCAAACUCUGUUCGUCGAUAUCGGUGGUGGAAUUGGCCACCAAUGCAUGGCGCUGAGGGAGCGACUACCAACAGUCAAAAACAAGGUCAUCCUCCAAGAUUUGGAUGUUGUUGUUGCCCAGGCAAUCAAACAUGAAGGGGUCGAGGCAAUGGCGUAUGACUUCUGGCAGCCUCAGCCAAUCAAGGGCGGUCGAUUCUACUACAUGCGCAACAUUAUGCAUGACUACCCGGAGGAGAAAGCAGUCAUAAUUUUGAAGAAUGUUAUCUCAGCCCUUGGCACUGACUCGGUCAUUCUGAUUGACGAUAUGGUCCUACCGGGAAGCGGAGUUCAUUUUCAUGCAACCCAAAUCGAUAUCACCAUGAUGUCUGUACUAGCUUCCCAUGAGCGGACGAUAACACAGUGGUAUGCUCUUAUUGAGAAAGCGGGCCUCAAGAUCAAGCAAAUCUAUACCUACAACACCAGAUAUGAUUCGGUCUUGGAGUGUGUACCUGCUGAGUGA